GCAAAGCAGCACCCUACCGUGAAUACACGCCCAACCAAGGAGCCAACACACACCCAAAGCUUGCAAUAAUUGUUGGCUUAUAUUUACGGCACGAAUCACUCUGGAGAACUGUUGGUGUGGACCCUGCACCCUGCAGGAAAACGGUUGUACGGUCGUCCGCAGCAAUUGCGCCGCGUUCGCCCCAGGCCUUCUUUGUCGGAUACACCGCUCCCGCUUACUAGGAUCUCACACAUAGAUACCCCAAAGAUGGCCAGAAGGCGGCGCGUCCCUGGCCAGCUGCUGGUGACGGCAUCAAUUCUUCCGUCCUUAGCACUGUUCGGCCAGAUCGAAGACCCGAGUGCGCGCGGGCAGCUUCAAGCUAGCGCGGCUCUGGCGACUCUGGGGUAUCUGGCCACGACCUACGUGCUCCCGACUUUCACUCCGUUCCUGUCUAGGAGCGGGCUUACGGGCAAGGACCUGUGCAAGAAGGGCACCGCGUCUGCCGAGAAAGAAAUUCCAGAAGGCACUGGAGUAAUCGCGGGGACGAUGUUCCUGAUCUGCGUGGUGAUUUUGCAGCUCUUCUACGGCAGAGAUUCCUCUGACAAGAUGGUGGACUAUCUGUCAGCCCUGCUGUCGAUAUGCUUCAUGACCUUUCUCGGCUUUACGGACGACGUUCUCGACCUCCCCUGGCGCUACAAGCUUCUGCUGCCUACUGUUGCGACUCUUCCUCUGCUCUGUGCUUACGACGGCAGCACAUCGGUAGUCGUGCCCAGGCCUUUGGAUCACCUGCUGGUUGCGGUCGGAGCAGGAGGAGGGGGCGACGGCGUACUGACGCUGGCGGGGAGGGCGGUCUCGUUGGUGUUUUCUAUCACCGUGCCGGGCAAGCUGGGCGGGGUGGUGCUCCUCGAUCUAGGCAAGUUCAGCACGGCGUACAUGGUGUACAUGGGCCUGCUGGCCGUCUUCUGCACGAACGCCGUCAAUAUCUACGCCGGCAUCAACGGGCUGGAGGCCGGGCAGUCCUUCGUGGUCGCCUGCGCGAUCCUUGCCCACAACAUGCACGAGCUGCGGCGUGGGAUAGAUACGCGAAACCAUACCUUCUCGGCCAUGCUCCUGCUGCCGUUCAUCGGGACCACGCUCGGGCUCCUUCGGUACAACUGGUACCCGGCGCGCGCUUUCGUGGGAGACACGUACUGCUACUUCGCCGGCAUGACAUUCGCCGUGGUCGGCAUCCAUGGCCACUUCAGCAAGACUCUCAUCCUCAUGUUUUUGCCCCAGGUUGCGAAUUUCCUCUUGUCGGUGCCGCAGCUGUUCAAGGUUUUGCCUUGCCCGAGACAUCGUCUGCCUAGGAUGGACACCGAAAAGGGACUGCUAGUGCCGUCGACAAUGCCGUACAAGAGCGAGUUUCCGGUCUGGCGGUUCCUCAGAUCGGGUCCAGACGGUGAGGUGAUCAACCUGACUCUCAUCAACCUCGUCCUUCACGUCGUCGGGCCUUUGCGAGAGAGAUCCCUCUGCACGCUGCUUCUGGCGCUGCAGGCUGCUUCGUGUGGCUUCGGGUUCGUGAUCCGCUACUACUUUGCUGGCCUGGUGUACGGGUCGAUGUGAUCGGCAUGGCGUUUUUGCUGCCUAGCUACCUCUCCUGCACGAGCGCGUGUCGCUUCGGGUUCUUCAUCCGCUACUAUUUUCAGGCCUGUACGGGGCGAUGUGAACCACACGGCGUUCUAGCUGCCUAGCUGCCCCCAGCACCUUGUCGCGCAGGUCUCACUUCUCUGGAGCUAAGUUGGAUCCCUGCUCUUCGGCAGCGGCAGCGGCCGCCUCGCUACAAGCCGGCCUCGCAGCUCGAAUUUGGGUAAAAGCUGAUACGAGCGCAGCGUGAAGCAGGGCGCAGCGAGAGUUUAGGCGUUAAGGCAUGAACGAGGAACUUGGGUAUUUAGUAGGCGUGUUAGGUUCACGCAUAGAGGCGGAACGAAGCAUGCGAUGAACUUGCUGGGAGUGCACCGGUACGGGAACGUGGAACCCCGCUCUGCCCGACCGGUGCGUUUAUUUUCGGCCGCUGUGCCUCCGUUGGUGUUGUUGGAAUUCCGGGUAGAGCAAGACGUCCCGAGAGAAACACAGCAGGGCUUACGUCGCGAUCUUUUAGGAUCUUCGUUGCAACGUGCAACAGAACCUCCAAGAUAUUGCCUCGUUGCUAUAUGAGACGAGCCGCUAAGUAUGGCCGCUGGCCAGGCGAAGAUUUUUAUUUUUGAGGAGACCUACUAGUUUCCAAACGCGGCAAGAACGCAAUCGGCACGAGGCCUCGUGCUGCCUUGCUCGCAUGCAUCGACCACCACGGUAUGUGGAGCCCACAAACACCCCAUGACAUUGCACAAAGAGAGCAUGUAAUCACUUUGGCCUCUCACCUUUGUCCGACGCAAGUUGUUUCCACACGAAACUUCGUAACC